AAUAAAUCCAAGAAACUAAACUAGCAGUGUUGAGAGCUAGGGAGGCUGCAGUUGCAGACUCAUUGUAGGGACGAGAACUGUACUGGAUGAAUGAUUUCUUAAACACCGUCGCUUAUUUGACUCAAGUCGGAAAUUGGAGAGACUGUGGCUCAUCCAGGAACCAUGUUAGCACCAACAGUCUUUUUCCCUUCGUACGCCAACUCCAUCCCCACCUUUUGUAUCUCCAUCACAAAUCGGACGAAAAGACGGGAAAACCAGUCUUUGUCUUUGAAGCUCAGAGCAUCUUUCUUCGAUUAUCCACUUGCCAGCCGAAUCAUAGUCAAAAAUCUACCAUAUUCUGCCAGUGAAAGAGUUUUGCUCGAGAAUUUUUCGAAUUUUGGACAGAUAGCCGAAUUAAAACUAGGGAAGGACAAAAUGACAAGAAGACCAAAAGGGUUUGCCUUCAUCCAGUUUACCAGUCAAGACGCAGCUAUGCUUGCCUUAGAAAACAUGGACCAUCAGUACUUUGGUGGGAGGCUGAUUUAUGUGGAUAUAGCAAAACCAGGGAAGGAUGCAUUUGGAGGAAUCCCAAGAACUUCUGGUCCUCCAAAACAACAGCAGCAACAUAUGUCGCUGGAACAAGAGGAAGUAGCAGACUGCUGGUACUGAUUGUAAACUUUAGAAGACCACAGAUUUAGUAAUAAACGCAACUAUAGUACAAUACCAUCAAACUAGAUUUUCACUGCCCUUUUAUAACCAUAUCAAGCAUUUCAAACAGUUUUCACUGUAUUAUACCAGCUUCUUUGACGUAUGAUAUGUGUAUAGUAUGUAAAACCAAGAGAAAGAAUUGAGGAAAAGUAAGCCAAGGCUUCUGACAAAUUACGGACGCCAUAGACUAAUUCUUUGAUAAAUUCUCAAUACUUUUGGACAUGUACUGUAUGUCUGAAAUGAAUUCUUCUUUGUUAAAGAGUUUGUUCUACUUGCUUGGAAA